CAACAACAACAACAACAACAACAACAACAACAACAACAACAACAACAACAACAACAACAACAACAACAACAACAACAACAACAACAACAACAACAACAACAACAACAACAACAACAACAACAACAACAACAACAACAACAACAACAACAACAACAACAACAACAACAACAACAACAACAACAACAACAACAACAACAACAACAACAACAACAACAACAACAACAACAACAACAACAACAACAACAACAACAACAACAACAACAACAACAACAACAACAACAACAACAACAACAACAACAACAACAACAACAACAACAACAACAACAACAACAACAACAACAACAACAACAACAA